AUGAGUGCGGCGAACGCCGCUGAGAACGGCACCGCUGACGAUGACGACGAAGACGACGAGGACGAUGAAGACGAAGACGACGACGCCGCGGAAGAAGGCGAAGGUCUCCAAGCCAAAGUACUGAAUGCCUACCGGAAACUUCUUUCCCGGAGAGUGGACCUGGUUGGCGACUAUGCCGGCGACGAACUCUUUAUCAUUGAGGGAGACUCAAUGCUCCUGCGCUGCUUUUCAGACCCGAAGCUUGACUUUGAUACCGGUUUCCAAAUGCUCCAUGCGGCAUACAAUGUUGAGCAUUUCCUUCACCAACUUGUGAAGCGGAAAUGUAACUUUCACAUCGUAUUCUUCGACAGUAAUCAGGAUCUGUGCAUUCCGCCAUCCGCGAUUGUUGAGAAUGCCGGCAAGUACCACCUGGCACGCACAGCCAUCAUUCGGCAUUUGCAAAGCAGGGUUCUAAAGUCGCACCCGACGAUUGCAGUCGAAGAGUUUUCGAGCUGCACCUCGGAAGAGUUUACUGAGUACCUCCGUAAAACUGGACCGUACUUUCUGAUGAUGCACGACGGUGCUGAACCCACUCAGCGCCGCAGCAAGCACAUCACUACCGAUGUUUCGGACGCAAUGCCAAACGACCGGCGCGCGGCCUUACGUCAGAUGAUUCUACAUUUUAUCCGACGAGGCUACAAUAUCGCAUUGGUUAACGGAUUAGAGUGGCGAGACACGAAAGUCAUGACGAUGGUCCUUGAAGCUCGCCAUCGUUCCUCGAUGGAUGGCACUCAUUUCGAAGCACCCAUCGCAAAGCCGUCACGAGACACGCUUGAUGCGAGAGAGGAUCUGAAGAAGCUGAAGGAGUCGGCUCCUGAACUGUCUCCCAGGCAAGCACUAGCUGUACUUGCGGUCAGGGCCAUUCAGAACGAUCCACCUAGCUCAGUGGGUUCAGAGGUGCUUGCGAAGCUUUGCUGUAUAUUCCUGCUACAUCAGGCCUACCUGCAGCAUCUUCCUCUCUCCGCCAGGCGGGUCGCAAGCGCGGCGAGUAACGAAGAGGCUGAGCAUGCGCUUUGUACCUUUGCUAGCCUCUCCGACGCGAUCUUACGUGGGACAGAUAUAGGCGGUCACAACAGCUCCAGCCAUGCGUUCGCAGGCGACCUCGCUGAUUACACUGACGGUCGAAUAUUCUUGAAGCUGGUGACAUCGCCUCCUCACCUGACCGAAGAGGUGAAAUCGACAUUCGACACACUCAUUACGGCCACCCACGCACUUUGUGACACCGAGCUUAGUUUGCCGGACGGAUCAACGUCCGAUACAGCGGGUGAGAGCGCUGUUCCAGAUGGGAAGGAAACAAGCCAUGAGCUUGCCGUGUUACCUUUCUCCAACCCAGUGUUUGACAAGCACCUAGCACCGGUGCAUCUCAAGAUUGAUGACACAGUGGCUGGGCAAGAGUCUGCUCAGUCGCACCGGAUUUUCCAAGAGCUCACGCAUUGGCAUAAUGCCAAGAAGCCGCUGAUUCAGAAGGGCCCACCUACGCCUAAGGAAGCGAAAGCUGCCUUCUGGGCUGCUAAACGUGAGCAACUGUUUAUGGCCGAGAUGCGUACGUACGCCGCAAGUCUUACAAACGCAAUCGGUAAGAGCCUAGAACCGGAGACUAUCGUCGUCGGUGCAGUGAAGGCGCGUGGUAUAGAUGCGCCGGCCGAGACAAGCAAGUCUUCGUCCGUCAGAGCCGGUGCUGGCGGUGGUGGCGGCAAGAAUGCAGCGAAGAAUGCAGGCAAGCAAGCAAUGCUUGCACAGAUCGCCGCAACAAGAGCGAAGAAAGAUGAAUCUGCCGGGGACAAGGUCGCUGCAGCAUGGCACACUGUUUGCAGGAACCUCGAGGCAGACACUGUGCCUCGCUCGAGAUUCCGGAAGGCUAAAGACUACUUGACCGGCCUACAGUCCUCUAGUAGGGAGGUUGUGGAGGCCGAGGUCAAGCUCUACAUGUUGAAUUGCGUGCUGCAGUACUGGAUUGAUGCAUGCCGCCGCAAGGAGCAGCAUCGCCAUGUCGAGGUCACCGCGCUCAUUUGGAGCUUAGCGGGCGAGGUGGUGAAGAGCAGAGGGCUAACGAAGACGAUCGUGCAGAAUGUGGAGCUCACUGAAACCACUCUUAACCUACCGCCUUUGCCGAACAUGACAGAAACACAACAGGACAGAAAGCUGGGGUUUGCCUUUUCGUUGCCGUCGAAGGUUGAAGGACUUGCUGUAAGACUACCUUCAAAAGAGUUUCAGCUCACAUACUGUGGGCCGUACCUGGAACGUAGUUUCGACUCGAAGCCGGAUAGCAGAGUCGACUUUAAUCCAGACGGAUGGCAGCGCAAAGUCCUGGAUGGUAUCGAUGCUCAGAAAUCGGUUUUCGCGGUAGCCCCGACCAGUGCCGGCAAGACAUUCAUCUCAUUCUACGCAAUGCGCAUGGUGCUCGAAGCGGACGAUGAUGGUGUACUGGUCUACGUCGCUCCGACAAAGGCGCUAGUCAAUCAGAUUGCGGCGGAGAUUCAAGCACGGUACAGCAAGCGCUUCAAGCACGGAGGCAAGUCCGUGUGGGCUAUUCAUACCCGCGAUUACCGCAUCAACAAUCCUACUGGCUGCCAAGUGCUGGUGACGGUGCCGCAUGUGCUGCAGAUCAUGCUGCUUGCUCCUUCGAACGCCGCGUGGUCGUCUCGAGUGCGUCGUAUCAUUUUUGAUGAAGUGCACUCGAUCGGCCAAGCAGAAGAUGGUGUGGUUUGGGAGCAGUUGCUCUUGAUGGCACCCUGCCCGAUCAUUGCCCUGUCCGCAACCGUCGGUAACCCGGAAGAGUUCAGCACUUGGCUUACUGACACUCAGAAGGCUAUCGGUAUAGAUCUAGUAACCGUCCAGCAUCCGUACAGAUACUCAGAUCUGCGGAAGUACUACUACGUACCGCCCGAGCGUUUCACUUUCGCGGGCUUGCCGGAAAAGAGGGCUUUCGGUACCCUUGGCCUUGACGGGCUAACUGGCUUCCAGCACGUUCAUUCCGUAGCUGGCUUGAUCGAUCGCUCUCGUGGCAUACCGCAAGAUCUCGGAAUGGAGCCACGGGAUUGUCUGGAGCUUUGGCGGGUCAUGGUGAACCGUCAGACCGAGAAGUAUCCCGUCCCAGCCGACCUGGAUCCGGAGAAGGUGCUGCCGGUUGUCUCGCGUAAGGCGGAUGUGCUUGCGUGGGAGGCACGGCUGAAGGACGUGCUCCGGCAAUGGAUCGCUGACAGUGACUCGCCAUACGAUUUGGUGGUCAAAGACCUCGAGCAAAGUUUCCGGUUAGCCUCCCGCGAGUCGACUCAAGUCACGCAGUCCACGGAUGGUAUCAGCGCACAGACGGUGCACAUACCCAGGGAGGACGACCUGGUGAAGACGACAUUACCAUUGCUUUGUCGCCUCAAUGACCAGGACGCUCUACCUGCCAUUCUUUUUAACUACGACCGUAACCAAUGUGAGAAGCUCGCUGAAGCAGUGCUUCAGCAGUUGCAAGAUGCUGAGACGGCACAGAGGAAGAGCGGUCCGAAGUGGGAGAAGCACUUGGAACGCUGGGAGGAAUGGAAGAAAAUGCAAGAAAAGAACGCAACGAAGCAGGCAAAGGCAGCUGGUAAGAAGUCGAAACCCCAGGACGAGGAAAAGGGCUCAAAAUUGGAUCAGCAACGCGAUGCGGCAGAGAGUGGCACAAGCGUUUGGGAGACUUUCAACCCGGAUGCACCGCUAGACGGCUACCAUUUCGCGGAUUACACCAGGCUCCAGCUUUCGGAGCUCGAGAUCUACGUUGGCCAGCUGAAUCGGCGCAAUAUCCCUCAGAUGUACAUCGAUGCUUUGCAGAGAGGCAUCGGUGUGCAUCAUGCCGGUCUGAACAGGAAGCUGCGCCAAGUCGUGGAGAUUCUCUUUCGCAAAGGCUUCCUUCGGGUCGUCAUCGCUACCGGUACGCUUGCAAUGGGUAUCAACAUGCCUUGCAAGACUGUCGUCUUCAGCGGCGACUCCGUCUUCCUGACAGCGCUCAACUAUCGCCAGUGUGCUGGGCGUGCCGGUCGUCGUGGCUUCGAUCUGCUGGGGAACGUGGUGUUCCAGGGCGUGUCACGCGCGAAAGUGUGCAGGCUUAUCAGCUCUCGGCUGCCAUCACUGAACGGUCACUUCCCGCUCACCACGACACUCGUGCUGCGCCUCUUCACGCUUUUACACGAAUCGAAGAACUCGAAGUAUGCUGUAGGUGCCAUUAACGCACUGCUUUCGCAGCCGAGAUUGUACAUGGGCGGGCCCUCAUUCAAGGAUCAGACAAUGCACCACUUGCGCUUUUCCAUCGAGUACUUGCGCCGUCAGCAUCUUCUCGGGACAAGUGGCGCGCCUCUCAACUUUGCCGGCUUGGUUAGCCAUUUGUACUUCACGGAGAACUCCUCGUUCGCGUUCCACGCCUUGCUUAAAGAAGGCUACUUCCACGAGCUGUGUGCCGAUUUUGGGAAGAGGGAGAAGAACACUGUGGAGACAUUGAUGCUGGUCAUGUCGCACUUGUUCAACCGGAUCUACUGCCGGCAAGCAGAUGCCGAGUUCCGCGAGAAAGUCGUCAAGCCGUCGUCGUCAAUGGUAUUUCUGCCUCCGCUACCGAAAAGGGCAGCGAGUAUCUUACGGACGCAUAACCAAGAGACUCUUGACGUCUACAGGACGUAUGUCGAGACCUUCGUUGAGCAACAUAUGAAAUAUGACGACAGGAAGCUGCCGCUGACAGGCUUGAGCGUCGGCGGAGACGGCUCGAUGAAAGCGUCGUUCACACUUUCGCCGACGAAAGUUCGAUCGCCAUUCGUUGCCCUAUCUGGAUCCGGCGAUGACUUCGACUCCAUCGCCGACCUUUGCCGCAGCACGCGAGACGGUGUGUUCCUUGAGGAGGCGGUCGUGCCUCACGUGGACAUCUAUCCGGACGAGCUAGAAGUACCCCUUAACGCCUGGUUGCUUGACUUCUUCAAACAUGGUGAUGUCAUUACCAUCGAGAAAGCCAACGGUAUCCGACGCGCAGAUAUAUGGUUCUUGCUCAACGAUUUCUCCCUUGUACUAGCCACCAUCAUCACUUCACUGCUGAACUUUUUGAAGCUCAAAGAGGGUACUGAUAUGGACAUGCUGGACGUGAUGGGUGACCUUGAUGUGCAUGAUGAGGCAGAGGACAACGAGGUUGCAGCGUCUGAAGAACAGAGUACGGUCUCCGGGCCUAGCGUCGCCGACUCGGUCAUGUCCGUCAACGAGAAGGCAGCGCCGGUUGUUGCUAAGAAGAAGGCGAAGAACAAGGAAAGCUGGGAGGAAGUAGCGGAUGAGGAAGACGAAUCCCAAAGACGUGAUGAGCGACGUGCAGCCAAUGCAGCUAGGCUUGAAGUGGCUGUCGGCGAUGCUUUGAACGGUGUUGGUGGGAGCAGCGAGGGCCUGAAGGACGUCUUGAGGGCUUUUCAGAAGCUGCACACAGAGUUCAAUGUGACUUUCAGGAAAAUGUGGGCUUGA